AUGGAUAAAGAGGAGAUUGCAAAGAUUCAGAAAUAUGUUCUUAAAGUGAAUAUGCAUUGCGAUGGAUGUAAGCAUAAAGUAAAGAAAGUAUUACGCAAAAUUGAUGGGGUAUUUACUACUGAGAUAGAUUUAGAACAAGGCAAGGUUACCGUCUCUGGGAAUGUUGAACCAAAUAUUCUCAUUAAGAAGCUUUUGAAAUCUGGGAAGCAUGCAGAGUUAUGGGGUGCUCCAAAAGUGGGCAAUAACAAUAACAACAAGAACAACAACAACAAUCAAAACCAGCUUGCCAAUCAAAAGAAGAAUAUGCAACUUGAAAAUGGUGGAAAAGGUGGUGGAGCAGACAACCAGCCCAAGGGUAGCCACCAGCAACCACCAAAUCCUCAACAACAGCAACAAGAAAUUCUUCAGCAGCAAUUGCAACAACUUCAAAUAAUGAAGGGGCGUCAAGAUCAGAAGGUACCUGUUCAAUUGAAGGAUAUGAAAUUGCCAAUUCAACAAAACCCAAAUCCCAAGGCUGUCAAGUUCAAUUUGCCUGAGGAGAAUGAUUGUUCAGAUGAUGAGUUUAAUGAUGACAAGUUUGAUAAUGAGAACUUUGAUGAUGAUGAUGAUGAGUUGGAUGAUGAAAUUGAUGACCCCCAUGUUCCUCUGAACAAGAUGAAAGGGCCACUUCCUAUGGCUAAUGGUGCUCCCAUGAUGAUGACAAAUGACAUGAUAAAUGAAAAUCAACAACAACAGCUUUUGAAUGCUUUAAAAAAUGCAAAUGUUGUAGGCAAUGGGAAGAAAGGUAAUGGUAGUGUAGGUAGAGGAAGACCAAUGUUGGUCCAAAUGCCAAGUAUAGGUGGUGAGAAUAGCUAUAACAAAAGUGGUGGUAAAGGUGGCGGAGGGAACAAUCAAAAUGAAGGUAGAGGCAAUAAGAACAACAACAGCAAAAAUGGCAAUGGAGGGAUGCCAAAGGGUCAAAACGAGAUUAAUGUUAACAAGAAUAGUAAUGGAGCUUGUGAGAGAAAUCUUGGAAAUAACAAUGAAAACAUUUGCAAAAUGGAAAAUCCAAUGGUUGGAGGUGUUCAAGUUGUGAACCCAAUGGGUGGUUAUAAUCCUGGUAUGGGCAGAGGCAACCUUGGUCCUAUAGGUAACACGAACAUGUCAAUAGGUCCAAUGGGCAACAUUUCAACUAUCCAAGCCCUCCCAAUAACUAACAUGAACACUACUGUCACUACAGGAGCUAGUAGUAUCCCCAAAGGAUACUUCCAAGGAGCAUGUCCAGAAGCCAUGUUAGGAAACCCAUUCCAGCCGCAACAGCAACAAUAUAUGGCGGCGAUGAUAAACCAGCAGAGAGCAUUGGGAAUGGCAGGAGGGAACGAUCAAAGAUUCCAGCCAAUGACAUAUGCUUGGCCACCACCAGCUGUCAACUACAUGUACCCUCAGCAACACCCAUACAUAUACCCCCCUCCUUCACAAGAUCCCUACACAAACUUCUUCAACGAUGAGAACACCUCAAGUUGCAGUGUCAUGUGA